ACUAGUCUCUCACUCCUCCUCUGAACCUCUCCUCUUUGCGCGUUUGGCCGUUUUUAAUUUUCUGAAUAUUUCACCUCUCCGCUCCACUUGACAGCAGAUCAGAUCUUAACGGGGACGGGAGAGCUGCAGAUACAUUCUGGAGAUUAGCAGCACCUUUAUCGCCUGGUAUCAGCGCGGAUGUGCAGCUCCAGGGUGAGGAUAUGUACCAGGGCAUAAUGACCAACCACGGAGCCUCUUCUUAUGAGGCCGGAUUUCUACACAACGCCUCGGCCGCCACCUCCCCGGUGUACGUGCCCACCACCCGGGUCGUGACCCCCAUGAUCCGUGCGCUGCCCUACAUCCAGACGCCCGGCUCGUCGCAGCAAGGCAGCCCCGUUUCCGGCCACUCCGCAUGGGUGCAGCCGGGCGCAGACUCGGUGCCCUCUUACAACCACUCCCCAGUGUCUCCGCGCUUCACCUUCUCCACCAGUCCGCCUCUGACCUCCGGGGUGGCCACUGCACAGGAGUCUUACAGCAGUCCGCUGAAUAUCUCCACCAACGGGAGGGAGCACUACGGUCCCCGGGGCCUCAGCGGCUCCUAUCACAGCCCGUAUUCAGCCUACAUGAGCCCCAACGUGGGCGGAACGUGGCCGGCGUCUCCCUUCGAUAGUCCGGUUCUGCACGGUCUCCAAACCGGGACUGCCCCAGGCUCGACGCGGCACCCAAACAGUAUAGACUUGUUUGAUGACUUCGCUGAGGGACGAGAAUGCGUGAACUGCGGGGCAAUGUCGACCCCCCUCUGGCGGCGGGAUGGUACCGGCCACUACCUGUGCAACGCCUGCGGCCUGUACCACAAGAUGAACGGCAUCAACAGACCGCUCAUCAAACCCCAAAGGAGGCUGUCUGCCUCGAGGAGGGUGGGCCUUUCCUGCACCAACUGUCACACCACCACCACCACCCUGUGGCGACGAAACGCAGAAGGAGAGCCAGUCUGCAACGCCUGUGGUCUCUACAUGAAACUCCACGGGGUCCCCCGACCUCUGGCUAUGAAGAAAGAGGGAAUUCAAACCCGCAAACGUAAACCUAAAAAUCUAAACAAGCCCCAAACUGGCAGUGACGGGACUCCAGUUACACCAAGCAACACUCCCCGCUCCUCCUCCUCCUCCUCCACCUCCACCACCUCCAUCACAGAGGAGCAGCGGCAGAUAAAGACAGAGCCGGAGAACCACAGCUUGUACCACCACAGCUCCCACACACAGAUUUCAGCCUUACCAGCCCACAUGGCAGCUCAGGGAGGUACAAUUCCUCUGAAGAUGCCUCCAGGGGGGCAUGGCGGGUCCUCCAGCUCUAAAGCAGAGCCCUGGAACAACUUAAUCCUGGCUUAGGAGACCUCCAGCUCAGCAACUCAAAUAACUACCUAUGUACAGUGAACUUAAGAAACUCUCCAGACUGCUGCUCUUGGUCAAGAUGACCUCACUGUGUCUAAUAAAAAUUACUGUCAGUUUUAAA